GGUAAAAGUAACUAUUCUAAAUUUCCAUUUAAACAUUUCACAGACAAGCUUAUAUAUAACGGUCACGUAUAAGAAAUACGAUUCAAAAAGUGUCACCUAUUUUGGAAAAAAUGCCCGAACCUGUGGCAGAUUCCAGCAGCCAGACAGUCAAAAACGGAUCAAUGAAAAAAUUGAUUUUCAAACGACUCCCGAUCUUAAGUUGGCUACCUCACUAUACCAAAGAAGACAUUAUCGCUGACUUUGUUGCCGGAAUUACAGUGGGAAUGACGAUGAUUCCCCAGUCAGUUGCAUAUGCAGGAUUAGCUGGACUACAGCCACAAUAUGGCCUCUACACUGCUUUCAUCGGUUCCUUUACCUAUGUGUUCUUUGGCUCAGUCAAAGAAGUGUCAAUUGGGCCUACGAGCCUGAUGGCAUUACUCACUUUUUCUUAUGUAGUUGGUCGUCCAGUGGAAUACGUUAUUCUUCUAACGUUUUUAGCGGGUUGCAUAGAAUUAGCUAUGGGAUUGUUCAAGCUUGGAUUUCUAGUUGAUUUUAUGUCACCUUGCCUCACUAGUGGAUUCACCUCGGCUACUUCGAUAAUAAUUAUAAUAUCCCAACUAAAAGGCUUCUUAGGAAUAUCAAUAAAGAAUAAUUCAACUUUCCCGGCACUUCAAGAAGUUUUAAGCAAAGUGCAGGAGAUUAAAGUUGGCGAUACUCUGCUUGGGGUAACAUGUGUGGUGUUUCUAAUGGGCUUUAAGCAACUAGGUAAAAUCAAAAGCAGCAACUUGACUACCAAAAAACUUCUUUGGUUACUUUCAAUAUCAAAAAAUGCGCUUACUGUCUUCGUGUCUUCAGUGGUUGCCUGUCUUUGGUUCAACUAUGAGGGAUCCGUUCCGUUUAAACUCACGGGAAUCGUACCAAGAGGUCUACCAGAUAUAGGUCUUCCUGCUACUCAUGCAGAGUUUAACAACAGCACUUCGGGUUUCACGGACAUGGUUUCUUCUCUAGGAUCGGGAAUUAUUGUAGUCCCACUGGUUGCGGUGUUAGCUAACGUAGCUAUAGCUAAGGCUUACAGUUCGGAAGCAGUGGUGGAUGCUUCCCAGGAGAUGAUAUCUUUAGGGUUGGCGAAUAUUUUGGGAUCUUUUGUUAAAGCUAUGCCCAGCUGUGGAGCGUUUACACGAUCUUCAGUAGCAAGCAGCAGCGGAGUCCGGAGUCCAUUGCAAGGAUUAUAUUCAGGAGCUGUUAUUAUUCUCGCAUUGAGCAUUCUUGCCCCAUACUUCUUCUAUAUCCCAAAAGCAACAUUAGCAGCGAUCCUAAUCGUAGCUGCCAGCAGUUUGAUCGAUUACGAGAUCUUCCCAACGCUGUGGAGAUGCAGUAGGUAUUUUAGUGAGCGUAGAAAUGAGCAUUGUUAUUGGGGCUAUUUUCAAUGUUCUGGUCCUACUAAAGGCUUGGUCAAGACCUGGGAUUCUCAUUGAAAAAAGAACUUCCGAGAAGGGAUUGGAGUAUCUUUACAUAAAACCCGAGCUGGGACUUUUCUAUCCGGCAGCCGAUUAUCUGACAGAGAAAGUAAAAAAGCACCACAACAAAAAUCCAACUUUUCCAAUUGCGCUCGACUGUUACGGUUUUAUAAAAAUCGACUAUUCUGCCGCCAAGAGUUUAGAGACGCUUGCAAAAACCUACAACAAGAAGGAGGUUGGCAUAGUCUUUGUAAAUGUAAAUAGCAAAGUACUAUGCACGCUCAUGGCACAGGGAGAAGACAAUAUUGUUUCACUUUGUCAAAGUUCUUAUGAAGUAAAUGCGAACACUUUUUCGGUUAGAGAUAUGGAAAAUCCAGACGAAAAGCCCCUGAUAGACAGCAUAAAUGGCCGGAAAUUUUCGGAAGAUAUACGAGAUAUUCGCAAGGGCUCGCUUUGUGAUUUGGAAUGAUAAAUCGAAGUUUUUAACCACAUUUUUCAGAUUCAUUCUAUGUAGAAAUGUUUUAAGUUGUUACGCAACUUGCAUCGUUGUAGGUGCUCAUGUUAGUAUUUUAUUUGUUAAUUUUGUCGUUGUAACUGUAAUCUUGUGUACGAAUAAACCAGGCGUUGCAAAUAUUA